AUGAAGUGGGCUUUGGAUUCACUUCUGCCUGGUUCCCGUCAAUUCAAGUGCCAUCGAUUCAAGAUUCCGGGCAAAGAUCUUGAGGUUAAGCUCUCCCUUGAACAUCAGAAAGCUUUCUUUGCUGGUUUUGAGUGCUGCGGUUCUGUUUGGGGCUGUCCGCUGUGCGCCCCUAAGAUCACAGAACGGCGUCGAGUCGAGGUUAAUGAUGGUAUGGUUAAGGCUCAAGAACUCGGCCUCAAGGUUAUGUUGGCAACUUUUACAGUUCCGCAUGGUCUUGGUGAUGAUGUUGACUUGAUCCGUCAUCAAAUGAUGCAGGCUUGGCGUAAAGGAACCGACUCAAGAGCCGGAAAAGCCAUGCGCAAAAGCAUAGGCUUGAAUGGUUAUAUUCGGGUUGUAGAGGUCACUUAUGGCCAGAAUGGUUUUCAUCCUCACAUGCAUGUUUUGUUAUUCCUCAACACAUCAUUGACGCCACAACAGGUCCAGCAAUCUUGGUAUCCUAUUUGGCUUGACGGUUGCCGUAAGUCUGGCCUUGAUGAUCCGUCAGAGGCCCACGGCGUCAAAGUGGACGAUGGCAGCCAUGCUGCAAAUUACGUAAGCAAGUGGGGCCUCGAUUCUGAAUUAACCAAGGGCCAUCUGAAAAAAGGUAGGGCCUCCGUUAAUCCAUGGGACUUGCUCCGGAUCCAUACUUUUGGACUUGAGCACCGCGCUAUAAAUUCAGACCUUACAGACACAGCCAGAACAUUAGAAAUCGACAAGGAUCAGGCUGGCCGCCUGUUCCUCGUCUUUUUUCGGGCCUUUCGAGGAUCCCGGCAACUUUACUGGUCCAACGGCCUGAGAGCCCUUCUAGGGCUGAAGGCCGAAGUAACCGACCAGCAACUAGCAGAGGAGGAAAUGGACACUGCCGCAGCGUUACUAGCGACCUUAACGGACUUGCAACGGCUCGACUUG